AUGGGCCAGACCUUGUCAGAGCCCGUUGUCGAUAAGACUUCGUCUGAAGGCCAAGAUGAGUGUUGUAUAUAUGGCGUUUCUGCCAUGCAGGGCUGGCGAAUCAGUAUGGAGGAUGCCCAUGCUGCCGUGCUAGAUCUCCAGGCGAAACAAACAGGUGUCAAUUACAAGCCGACCGAUCCGGAUAAACGCCUGGCGUUCUUUGGUGUAUACGACGGACACGGUGGAGACAAAGUCGCUCUCUUCGCGGGGGAUAAAGUCCACAGAAUUGUCGCAAAACAAGACUCGUUCGCCAAAGGUGACAUUGAACAGGCCUUGAAGGACGGUUUCCUAGCCACUGAUCGGGCGAUUUUGGAAGAUCCGAGAUAUGAAGAGGAGGUUUCCGGUUGUACCGCUGCCGUCAGCGUGAUCUCGAAGCAUAAAAUCUGGGUGGCCAACGCAGGUGACUCGCGCUCGGUGUUAGGCGUGAAGGGCCGCGCAAAGCCCCUCUCUUUCGAUCACAAGCCGCAGAAUGAAGGCGAGAAGGCUCGUAUUAGUGCUGCAGGCGGUUUCGUUGAUUUUGGCCGUGUAAAUGGUAACCUCGCUUUGUCGCGUGCCAUUGGUGAUUUCGAAUUCAAGAAAAGUCCCGAACUUUCUCCUGAACAGCAGAUUGUUACGGCCUAUCCAGAUGUUACGGUCCACGAUGUCACUGAUGACGACGAAUUCCUCGUGAUUGCCUGUGACGGUAUCUGGGAUUGUCAGUCUUCUCAAGCUGUCGUCGAAUUUGUUCGCCGUGGCAUUGCUGCCAAACAGGACCUCUACCGGAUUUGUGAGAACAUGAUGGACAACUGCUUAGCUUCCAACAGCGAAACUGGUGGUGUCGGUUGUGACAAUAUGACCAUGAUCAUCAUCGGCCUCCUUAAUGGCAGGACCAAGGAGGAGUGGUAUAACCGGAUCGCGGAGAGGGUAGCUAACGGCGACGGCCCUUGUGCUCCGCCCGAGUACGCUGAAUUUCGCGGCCCUGGAAUUCGUAACCAAUUUGAAGAGAACCCAGAUGACUAUGAACUCGACAAUGAUCGCAUCCGUCCCUUCAGCGUUCGUUCUGGUCGAGUGAUUCUCUUGGGCGAUGGUACCGAACUGAUUCCUGAACAAAAUGAUGAAGAGCUUUUUGACCAUGCUGCAGAGGAUCAGGACCUACCCAACCAAGUCCAACGGCAGGACGCCGACUCGGGCAGGAAUGAACGCGAAGGGACCCCUGGACCUCAAUCCAAGACCGAUGCAUCUAUCAAUAGUUCAGAAUCCACGAAAGAGAACCCCUCGACUAAUACCCCCGGAACACCGCAGAAACCAGCCACUUUAUAG